AUGCAAGUCAACUUUCACACACAAACACGCUUCCAGCUUGUCUCUCGUUCACACCUCUCUCCCAUUCUCUCGGCCAAGUUGCUUUUGUUUGCGACGAGUUCACCCGCGGUGACUGUGUCCGUCCAGCCCAACGACACUUUCGCAGUCCGAUCCCACACCCUGGACCGGAUCGAGUAUGUCCAGGACCCUGAACCACACCACCACCACCACGACAACAACCACCAUCACAUCCAUGUGUCCCCUCCUACCCCUACACCGACCGACAGUCUCGUCGAGUCAGCUUCAGUAUCAGGGUCAGGGUCAGGGUCAGAGUCAGGGCCAGGGUCAGGGUCAGGACAGGAAUCACAACAAAAGCAACCAGCAGCAACGAAAACACUAACGACAGACCUCGCCACAGCAACAACCACUAUUACUAUUCCCGCCCUUCUGCUUAAAGUUCAAGCAGGGGGUGGGGUUCGACUUUUGUUUGACAUCAAGGGGACCAUUCUCGACUCCUUGACGUCGUCCAAUGUGCCACAGGGCGUCCAUGACCCUCAGGAACAUACUCCCACCGAAAACGAUACCAAAAAAGAUGGCUCUCAACACCUUGGCCACAACAACACCACCACCACCACCACUACCCCACCAAGUUCACACGACACCACCGCCUCCGCUACCUCCACUACGCCCGACGUUACCAUCACCACAGCAGCAGUCGAGUCACCACUAGUGUCAGUGCCAACAGAGGGAGCAACAUCAACGACAUCACCACCGGCAACAAUUGUUGUUUCUGAGGCCGAUGCUCUGCAAUCCAGCAUUAUAGACAACAAUAGCAAUGCAGACUCGCAGCAGAGCCGCCAAGCUAAGGAGGAAGAAGAAGGGGAGACGCCGUGCAUCAACAGCGAUGAUCCCUCAGGAUCUAUCGUAAAAACGGAGGUCUCUUCCAAAGACCUCCCAGCAACUCCUCUGGAUGCCACUUUGCUGUACUUUGCAAAAGCUAGGUCGGAUCAAGAAAUGCUGGGGUUGUGCCGUACAUUCGAUCCUCAACGUCAGAUGAAGGACUAUACCAUAUCGGAGGUUAUCGCCCUUCCGAACGAGCACAAAGACGGUCAUUACGAGUGGGAAGCGACCUAUACGCCCAAAGAGAACGUCGAGGAUACAGUUGUGGAGCACAAGGCCGUUUUUGCAUUCCUUUACUGGGACCCUACCUCGGCAUCUACAAAAAUCGUGGCCCAAUUUUCUCUUUGGAUCGUUAAUGGUCCACCAACCGAGCAAAGCUUUGCUGGACCAAGAUACUCGCUCCCUGCCACAUUGACAUCUUCGGGAGGCGGACGUCAUUGGAGAAGAGCCUCGACUCCCGAGAGAUUCAACACCAAUGUGGGCAAACUGCCUUCCUUUCACACAAAAUUCCUCUCCAUCCCCGCUAGCCACGGCUCCCUGCCAAGUCUGCCCGAGGUUGCUAUUGGCACCCAAGGAGGAUCGGGAUCCACCUCUGCCAGUCCGUCCAACCCACAACCUGCCCCAUUCGCACACGACACAGAGGAUGGUCCAUUGUUUCGAGCCACGGUUGUGGAGUGCGAGAACAACAUUCGGGAUAUGAAGGCCGCCACCAAGAGGAUCCUCAAGGCCGCACAGGCGGUCGUCGAUGCGAGGAAGUCUUGGGUGAUUGCAGAGGAGAUCUUUAUCAAAGAGAUGGAGACCUUUAGGCCCGCUGAGCCAUUGGUCAACAGCUACCUUCGACCCAUGUCAGAGAGCUUGGCGGAGAGGUCCGAGGCAUUGGCCAACCAGAUGCGGAGCUUGCUGAUCGAGCCGCUCACCCGAUUCUACGGCAACGACAUCAAGGCAGCAGAGACUCAUCGCAAGACGUUUGACGACGAGAGCAAGGACUAUUACCAGUUCCUGUCCAAGUACAUGGCCAUGAAGCAGGAGAGCAACCGCAAGAAGGGCGAGGCCGAUGCCAAGUACGAGAAGAAGCGCAGGCACUUUGAGAUCAAGCGCUUCGAGUACUGGGGAUUCCUGCUGGACAUGCGCGUUGGUGGUAGCAAGAGCGACGAGAUCCUCCACCAUCUCACCAACUACUCCGAGAAACAUUGCAGAAACAUGGUCGAGACUGCCUUGUUGGCCGAAAGCCUUAAACCUGGUCUGGACAUGAUUGCUGCCGAUCUUUUGGAGUCCCACAAGCGAGCUGCUACCGUCAGGAAGGAGCGACAGGAACGGAGAAAGGAACUUCUCGAGUCACAGGAUGACAGCGUGAAUGCACUUCACCUUUCACCUACGAUCUCCAAGGGUGGAUCGACCCCAAUGAUGGCGUCCGCUUCCGCAGGAUCGUCCACUAACAGCCCCGACGUCAUUUCUGACAGCCCGCUCGAGAUGCUUCGAGGAUCUCUGGAGCCCUCCGGUGACCAGGCCGACAACACAACUCUAUCUGAUCAGAAGAGUACAACUGGAAGUAUCUCCAAUGGGUCACUGCAAUUUGGUGGCGCACAACAAAAUAACCAGGUACCAAAGUUCAGCGGUAUUCGUGACUUGGAGCACCAGGACAUUGACGCCGGAACCGCCCUCGGACGCCGUAAGGAGGGAUUCUUGUUUGCGACCAGCCGACCCAGCAUGCACAACAAUUCUGCCGUCUUGGAAAAGCCCAACAUCAACUGGCACAAGUACUGGUGUGUGCUUUCCGAGGGCCACAUGCACGAGUACUCGCACUGGAAGAGGGGCGCCGCCAUGCUUCACAACGAGCCCAUCAACCUCCGCAUUUCGACCGUCCGUGCUUGCCGGAACCAGGAUAGACGCUUCACUUUUGAGGUGAUCACCCCCAAGUUCAGGAGGAUCUACCAGGCCACUAGCGCAGAGGACAUGAACUCUUGGAUCAGCGUCAUCUCCAAUGCCAUCCAGAGUCUUUUGGACGGAACAAGCAGCUGUCAGAACCUCGGUUAUUACUCCCCCAACAGCAAGGACUCCAAGUCAACUGGUGUCUUUGGCGUCGACGGAUUGAUGUCAGGAUUCAGCGGAGCAGGACGAUCCAGCAUGGAGCAGAUGUUGCACGGCUUGCCCAUGACUGGAAGCCGUCAUGGACAUACCGCCAGCGGUUCGCAUGACUUUGGCAGAGCCUUUGAGACGCCGGACAUGGAUCACCUUGGCACCCGGCUUUUGCAAAUAAUGAGGGAUUCUCACCCAGCCAACAACUUUUGUGCUGAAUGCGGGGCCAAGAACCCUGACUGGUGUGCCAUCAACCUCGGCAUCCUCAUCUGCAUUGAAUGCUCUGGAAUUCAUCGCAGUCUGGGAACUCAUAUCUCCAAGGUUCGGUCGUUCACUUUGGACACAACAUCAUAUACCCGCGACCUUUUCGACUUUAUCCGUGCUGUUGGUAACGAGACCUCAAACAAGACUUGGGAAGCCAACCUGGUUCAGUCGGAGACUCAUGACGAUCAUACAUCGACCAAGAUCGUCUUUAGACGUCCUCUGGUGAACGACUCUCGUGACUACAAGGACUCGUUCAUCCAGAAAAAGUACGUUGAACGAGCCUUUGUCGACAGGAAGCGGUACUAUGGCGAUACAGAAACGCAGGAAGAGCAAGUAGCCUUAAUCACCAAAGCACUCUUCAACGAGGUCACUGCCAACAACAUCCCCGGAGUCAUUGCGGCGUUUGCUGCUGGCGCCGACUUGAACGCCAUUCAGGAAGUUGAUCCAGAGACCGAUGGAAAUUCCCCAGGACCCGGCCAUUUUGCGAUGGGGUCGGAUGACACCACGGGAUCCUCGGCUCUGAGCGACAGCCAACUGCAGGCAAACUUGGAAAGUCUCUCAAUGGGCUCCGAGACAUCUUCCCGCUACUCUCGAUCGACCAUCGCGUCCUCCAUCCUGAACGCCCCAGGAGCUGCCCCAAGCGCUAGUCAGGAUGCUCUUUCGAGCCAGCCUCUUUCGCUUGACGCCCGAUCGCCUUCGCAGGCUGACCGUUCGGCGGCUUCCUUCACGGUGAUGCAGACCUCUCCAUUGCUCCUCGCACUCAAGAACGGUGUCCAGUUUAGUUUGGAUGAUCUGUAUGAGGUUUACCCCAUGGCCGAGUUUAUGCUUCAGAACGGAGCCACAAGCAACCUUAGUGUUAAGGUCAGGAUGCUGGACGAGGAAACAGAGACAUCGGCGCAAGUUUCGACUGCUGGUGAUGGAUCCGUGACUGAGACUGUAGCCUCUAAUCCGGGAACGUCAACCUCACCCGUUGUUGACCUCUCAGGAUCUGCCUGUAGCAACAAUGGAUGGGACUCGACGGUGGAUCCUGAGGACAUCAAGCACUUUCAGCAACGAUCUAACCGACGGAGCUUGGGCCAGGUUGUCCAUAUGAGAGGGGAAGGAGGCGGCUCAGCCAUGGAGUAUCUCCGAUCCAAGAGCGCCGCCCGAGGAGAUCCCAUGCCAGGAUCCCCGCCCAUCAACGGUGACUCAUCCGCCGGUGCCACUUUCAGUUCCCCACCCAAUUCUGGAGCCUCUUUGACGCUGUCACCACGGCUUCGUCCACAGGGACCAGCACCCUUGGCGGGAUCUGUGAGCGCCCCUACGUCUGCUGUCUCUUCGCCCUCAGCUGCUGGAUCAUACCCAACCAACGUCUAUCGUCAACAACAACCUUCGUCGAUGCAACAGGAUCUUUCGAGUCUCUUUGUGAAACGCAGAGAGAGCGAUGGAGGACUCGGAACAGCUCUCUUUGCCGCCAACAAGGCGACCUCCGAGGCUUCCGAGAAGGCCAAAGGAGCUGUCGUGAUUCCUGGAGCACAAAAAUCAGGCAGCGGCGGCGAAUACACUCUCCAGAACGCCGCCAACAUCUCCACAUCUCCCACUAAUCACUCUGAGCACCUUGAACCUUCCCCUUCGUCGCGCAGUCACCAUCACCACCAUUCGUCGUCCUUGUCAACAUCUCACGGACUGUAUGCGCUCUCACACUCGAUGUCAAUGUCGGGAAGCCGUGCUAACAAGGUUAAGGCGCAACUCUCCAAGAGUCUCAGACUCUCAGCGGCCUACAUCAAGAACAACAUGAUGAAGGAAGACAAGGAGAGCGCAGUCCCAACAAUUACCCACACGGUGGCCUCUCCUCCUUCAGCUCCCCGGCCGUCGAUCAUGAUGUCGCCCAAGGCCACUCCCGCCAGCAGUAACCACAGCGGAGUUGCAGAGUUGGCGUCUGAGCCGAUGGAGCUGCCGCCCUCGACCUCUUCUACCCCCAGUAUUGCCUCGAGUAUCACGGACGGAGAGCCAUUGUCGGGACCGUAUGUAUUUUUGAUGAAGAAGGGGUCACUCCCGCCUGCUGAAUCCUCUACUGGAAGCGCAGCUGCUACGACAACAACAACGACUACGACUGCUACGACUGCCACGACGACAACGACAGGUGCCGUGCCAGCGGCCACCACUACCUCUACGACCGCUACAGCUACCUCCCCCGACGCCCAACCCACUCCUUAG